GCAAUCUUGGGUUGCAUUCCAAAACGUUCUUUCCGAGGAAAAUUUUACUCUUAAGUCUAUAGUGUAUGUAACAUAAACUAUAGAUUUAAGAGUAAAAUUUUCCUCGAAAAAGAUGUUUUGGAAUGCAACCUUGGAAUGCAACAAGUGACUUUAGCGCUUAGCUUUGGCCAUUAAAAUCAAGCUGGUGACCGCUCUCAGGCUUCUCUCUGGUGCAAGGAAUAGCACCAUAACCUCACUUUAUACGAUGUGAUAAAUUAGAACAACAAUUGAAACUACUUUGAGAUCCAAGAAUAAUGCAGGCCAUGAGGAUGAUAAUGAAGAGUUCAAAUAUAUAUGAAUCUUUCGUUCCAAAUUCUGUCUAUACACAAAGCAUACGUUGGAAAAGAAAGCCAAUUUGGUUACCGCCAUCAAAAAGCAAAAUGUUUCAUGUGCCAAAACGGCCUGUCAUACCUAAGGAAGAAGAAAUUGAGCUCAAAUAUUUAUAUAAUAUUUAUAGGACAUAUAUAUCUUCACUUAGAUCACACAUAGAGGCAAAUGCAAUAAAGAGUAAUGUAGAGUUUAGUGAAACAACACUUGAGCAAGAGGAAGAUUUCCAAAUAUGCAAAACUAUAAACGACAAAUGGAAUGCGCACGUGGCGGAGAUACGAGAGACCAGGUUGAUCGCAAAGAGGGAGGCUUCUAAAGAAAAAGCCCUUCAAAAAAUGAUGAAAAUAGAGGAAGAACAGGAGAAGUUGAAAAAACUAGCCAACGAAGAAAUCAGAAAAUUCAAAGAGGAAGCUGUCACUUUCAUUACUACAGAGAAUAUCGACGCAGCAAUCGAAGAAUGUCUCGCGAACGUCGUCAACCAUAAUCGCGCGGUGGAUUUGGAUGGGAAUUGGUACGAUGGAAAAUAUCCCGCGAUAUCAACGGUCGAAGAGACACAGCCAGUGGUCGCCCAACAAUAACUUUAGAUGUAGAAAUCGAUAUUUUAAGGGAUUAAUUAGAAAAAUAAGGGUAAAUGAAUUUUGCUCUUGAAAUUUAACUAUGUUCACUGAUCAUGUAGUAUAAUUAUAAACUACGUUUUCUCCAAAUACUCUAGAUUUGCUGGAUUAUGAUAAACAGAAGAAUUACAGACUAUUGUAAUAAAUACGAAAUAAAUGUUUCGCGAUCGUUUCUCAAA